AUGACAUACAUCCAUGCCGAAACCCAGACCGUAUGGGCGGGCCUUACCAAGAUGGACAUUCGUCCUGACCUUCUCUUCACUGCCCCCGACACCACCACUCCCCCCGCCGAGCUUAUCCCAGACAAGCAACACGACAUGGCCGCCAUCACAGCCUCUACCCGACUGGGCUCGCUCGAUGCCCACGCUACAUCCUUCGGGGGAUUGCUCCAAAAGCGGCAGAAACGCCCAGAGCUCCCAACACGCAUCUCUCUGCCCAACUCGGAGCUAGACGACGAGGUCCUGCCCUCCCCGCCGCCCACACACGCUAUCCUCUCCCCGCUACCCGAGGCCAACAGGCUGCAUGCCGGCCACACUCCACUGAUCCCCCGCGCUCUCUCCCCAGUUCACUCCGACAAAGGGCCCGCCGCCCCUGAAGAAGAAGCGCCGGCCACAGAGUACUACGAGCCGGAGCCAAGCAAUCUAGCAGACGACCAGCCCCUCAUCGGGCCCCUCAUGCUGCCCACGAACCCCGUGGAAGGUGCAAGUGAUCACAUUGCCCUCGACGUGCUCGACGACGUGCUCGAGAAAGUGGCAAAAGACCAGGAUAGAUUCAGCAGGCUCAAGGAUGCACCAGAGCCCGAGGUGGUACAACCAGAUCCCCCCACUGCACCUGCAGCAGAUGCAGACCCGGGCCUGUCACUAAGCCGAAACACGUCGUCCGACUCGCGCAAGUCGAGUAAUAACAACACAGAAGUCGUCGACGGCGUCAGACUGAAGACUCCACCACUGAAUUUUGGCGUCCCCAUAGGACAAGUAUAA